CCAACACACACGCAUAAUGGCACAGGACAGACCCAAGCUCACCGUGGACAUCAUCCGCAAACUCCCCAAGGUCGACCUCCAUCGCCACCUCGACGGUUCGGUCCGUGUGGAGACGGUGGUAGAGCUGGCCGAAGAGCAGGGUGUCUGCCUCCCGACCAACGAUCUCGAGGAGUUGCGGGCGCUCAUCGAGGUCGACAACGACUGCGAGAGCCUCGUCGAGUACCUCCGCGGCUUUACCAUUGUCAACUCUGUGGCGCAAAAGCCGUACGCGCUCACGCGCAUGUUCUUCGAGGCGUGUGAGGACGCCGUGGCCGACGGCCUCCGCUACGUCGAGAUCCGCUUUGCGCCCAUCCUCCACGUCAACGAGCUCAUGUCGCUGACCCAGGUGAUGGAGGCCGUGUGCGAGGGCAAGGCCAUGGCCGAGUACCACCUACCCAUCACUGCCCGCAUCAUCCUCUGCGGCAUGCGCCACAUGCCGCCCGAGACCACCAUGUCGGUGGCAGAGCUUGCCUGGCGCUACCGCAACCGCGGCGUUGUCGCCUUUGACCUCGCCGGUCCCGAGUCUGGCUUUGCCUCGUCCAAGCACAAGGCCGCCUUUGAGCUCGUUCGCAAGCAAAUGCUCAAGAUGACCGUCCACUCGGGCGAGGCCGCCGGCGCCGAGUCCAUCCUCGACGCCAUCCGCUACUGCGGCGCCCACCGCAUCGGCCACGGCACCACCCUCGGCGACUCGCCCGAGCUCCUGGCCUACGUCGUCAAUCGCGGCAUCCCGCUCGAGGUCUGCCCCACCUCCAACCUCCAGACCAAGGCCGUCUCGGCGCUUGCCGACCAUCCACUCAAGUCCUACCUCGAGGCCAACGUCUGCGUCACCAUCAACACCGACAACCCACGCAUCUCGGGUGUCACUCUCUCCGACGAGCUCAUGGUCUGCCACACCGAGCUUGGCAUGGACCUCGCCCAGAUCGUCCGCAUCAUCGACAACGGCUUCUCCGCCACCUUUCUCGAGCGUGGAACCAAGAAGCGCAUGCGCGCAGAGGCCCUCUACCAGACCGUCUCCAUCCUCCGCUCCGAGGGCUUUGACGUCUCGCCCAUCGUCAACGACCCGCACUACUACUCGGCCGCCGUCAACUUUCACAAGUCGCUCCAGGACCCGUACUGGGGCACCGCUUCCCAACCGGCCAUCUCGCGCGACCUCGUCGCCGCUCUCCCCAAAAUCGACGCCCACCGCCGCGUCGCCGGCUCGGCCUCGCUCGACGUUGUCUGGAAGCACUUUGCCGACGCCGUCACCGACGACUCCUGCCCCGUCACCGCCGCCGCCGUCCUCGGCCUCGACCCGCCACAGGACGCCCCGGCCACCUGGCUCCCCGACCGCGCCGUCUUUGACGCCCUCGUCGAGUCGUCCGACACACACACCCCGGGCUCGACCUCGGUCGCCAAGCGCGUCUUCAACCUUGCGCUGCAGACCCGCGACGCCAUCGCAGACUCGGUCGCGGACAUCUUUGCUUCCGCCGCCGCAGACAACUACCUCUACAUCGAGCUGGUCCUCGAGCCCUCGUUCCACACCGGCCGCGGCCUGACCAUGGCACACAUUGUCGACGCCACCCUCGAUGCCAUUGCAUCCGCCUCCGAGUCCACCGGCGUCCUCGCCGGUCUAGUCCUCGCCGUCUCAGUCUCGCCAGCCACCCUCUGCGACCCGCUUGUCUUCCGCGAGAUUGCUGAGCUCGCCGUCGCUCGCAAGGGCCCUGUCUCUGGCGUCGGCGCUUUGGCUCCAUCGACCUCGCCCCUGAAGACUACCGCUACUACCAGGCCACCUUUGACUUUCUCAAGGACGCUACCAUGCCGGUCGUCAUCUCCGCCGGUUCGCAGUCGCCCGAGACCGUCCUCGCUGCGCUCUCUGACGGCGGCGCCGACCGCAUCUCCGGCGGCUUCCAGAUUCACAAGGAGCCGCAGCUGUUCAACUACAUCGCCGACCUCGGCAUCCCGCUCGAGCUCGGCAUCACCGACAAGCUCAAGCUCUACACCGCAGACACCGACUUGUUCACCCCGUCGCCGGUCAAGCUCUUCCUCGACAACGAGAUCUCCGUCGCGCUCUGCUCCUUCCGCGCCACCAUGUACACCACCAAGCUCGUGGACUCGAUCGCUGACCUUGUCGUCCGCGCAGACAUCAACAUCGCGUACCUGCUCAAGCUCCUUGCCGGCGGCAUCGAUGCCAUCUUUGCCCCGUACGACCUGAAGUGCAAGCUCCGCUCGCACUUCUUUGACGCUGCCACACGUAUCGCCCACGAGCAUGGCUUUGUCUACAUCCACUUUAUGCACUACAUGCAGGUUCCGGCCGGCCACGCUGACCGCUACCAGUACGGCGCGUUCGAGGCAAACGAGCCAACCAUCGACGACGACAUGUUCGUCAACUGGUCGCUCGCCGCCCGCAUGGCGCGCGAGUCCGAGCCGGCCGUCCUCGCCGCACUCGCUGACCCGUGCAAGGAAAGCUCGUCCGAUGCCUAAUCGCGCCCUGCACGGCCUCUCACUCGUCAGAAUCCGAGUCCGAGUCGUCAAUGACCACGCGCCGCUGCAUCCGCGCUACCACUGGCACGCCUGCACCCUCGAUCUCCAUCGGCGCCAGCCCAGCGCCGGCCAAACCCGGCGCCAGCGGCGUCCGCUGCGAGAGGAUUGAAAAGCCGCUCGCCGCAACGCCCGACUCGUCGUCCGACUCGGACUCGGACUCGGAGAGCACCCGCGUACGCUUCCGCCGCGCCUCGCGCGCCUCGGCUGCCCGCUUCUGCCGCCGCUCCUCGCGCCGCUUGCGGAGGAGCUCGCGCGACCGCUGCGCAGCACGCGCCAGCGCCGCCUUGGCUGCCUCGUCGUCCGACGACCCGGACGAGUCGCUCUCCGAGUCGGACGUGCUCGACUCUGAGCCCGAGCCAGAGUCCGAGCCCGACUGUGACCCGUCUUCCGAUCCGAUCUCCGAGUACGACCCGUCGUCGUCGCCGUCGUCGCCGUCGUCGACCUCGUCGUCGGCGGCAAUAAACGCCAGAUCCUCGGCCG